AUGGCGAUGAGCGCGGCUUCUGACGCGGUAAAGUGCAGGAUGCUUCCAUCUACAUUUCAGGGUGCGGCAAUGGCCUGGUUUAUGACCCUGCCUCAGGGAUCCAUAGCGAAGUUUCGCGACUUCUCGUCAAAAUUCCUCGACCAGUUCUCUGCAAGCAAGAUCGAAGAUCUGUUCGAUAUUCGACUAAGGGACCGAGAAACCUUGAAGCAAUACGUGAAGCGGUAUAGUGCUGCGUCCGCGAAAUUCGAGGAGUCGGAACCUCAGACAUGCGUGCGCGCUUUCAAAAAUGAAUUGCCGCCGGGGAAGCUAAACUGCGAGCUGAGUAGGAAACCAGCGCGCUCGAUGAUGGAGGUUCGCGCCCGGGUGAGUGCUUACAUCCUAGAAGAGGAGGACAACGCAUUCAAGAGGAAACGUGUAAAGGAAGAAAAGGUAAGCAGCCGAAGGGAUGUGUCGCUGGCGAGAAAACAGAUACAGGGGAAGGAAGCAAAUAAUACGCGAAAGGUUAAGGAGGUCGAGCAAUUUUUUGAGAAGUUCAAGGGAAAGCAACUUUGUUCGAGAAAAGAAAACAGAAAAGAGAACAUUGAGCGUCAACGCCCGCGGCGGACAACCGGUCCUCGCCGGCGAAGGAGGCCGGAGAGGUGCUCGAAUGAGGAAUUGGCAAAGUUGCUCCAAGAAGUAGAGGUGACGCUAGUAGUCGAGGGCGGCAAAAGCGGAAUUGAUUCCCGGCGAGAGGUAAAAGGCCGGACAAAGCGGUGCAAAUAUCACAACUUGGAAGGUCAUGACACCAGUGACUGUUUCACGUUGAAGAGCAAAGUUAGAAGGUUGAUCAGGACGAGGCCACCACGAGUUACAGAUCGCGGAUCAGACAGGGAUCAACAGGAUAGCCGACGGCGAGCCCCAGUAGCAGGUAAGAGGGAGACAAAUGCGGCGAGGAAGAAAGGAGUUGAAGAAAAUUUCAACGUCGAUAUUAGGACAUCAAUCGAAGCGAUCAACAUAAUCGUAGGGGGCUUCGGCGGAGGCGACAACACGUCGACGGUGAGACGAAAACGAGUGAAGGCGGUAGCAUCGGUACAAGAGUAUCCAGCUCCAUUUGGUUGCCAACACCUAGAUAUAGUGAUAUCGCCGGCAGAUUUUGCGGGGAUUGAGACGCAGAAAGAUGAUCCGGUGGUAGUAAUGGUAAGAAUCAAUGGUUUUAAUGUACAAAGGGUGCUUUUGGACCAGACCAGCUCUGCGGAUAUCAUCUACGGAGAUGCAUUUGAUCAGUUGGGGUUGACGGACAAGGAUUUGAUGUCGUACACAGGGAGCCUGGUAGGUUUCUCGGGGAUGCAAGUUCGGGUGCGCGACUAUGUGGAUUUGAUCACGGUUUUUUGGGUUGGCGAGGACGCUGAGCUUCUACCGGAAAAGAAUCGUAUGCCGGUUCGGGGUACCAAGGGCGAUCGUUUCAGAUAA